AUGGUAGUGCUUGGGGAUACUUGGAAGUAUGACUCGGCAGCCAACAGCUGGGAGGAAGUAGUCUUCUUCCCGAACCAUACGAUCUACGAUGCUCAGUGUGCUGCGAGCACCAUCAACCGGCAUGUCCCCGGCCCGCGUGCACAGCAUACGAUGAUAUCGGUGGGGGCGUCGGCCCUCCUGUGCGGAGGCUUCGCGACACCGCAGAAAUCAUCCAUGGGGAGAGGGCUGCUAGACUGCUGGAGGUUUAUCAUCAGCCCGCAACCCACGUGGGACCCGAUGCGGUUCGACGGGCCUGGGCCCGAGAACCGGUACGGCCAUAGCAUGGCAUAUGACGACAGGAAUCAAGUUGUUUUCGUCUUCGGGGGAGUGGGGAUGGCCGUGGGCAAGAGUCUGAACGACUGCUGGUACCUCAACGUGUCCUCUCCUACCACGCGGACAUGGAGCAGCUGCAACCCCACAAGCUCUCUACUCCCCCAUCCUCGGCAUGGGCACGCCAGUGCAUUCCAUGUCAGUCUGCAGGAGCUCUUUGUCUUUGACGGGAUAGUAGACGAUGGGGAAUCGCAGACCCCUCAGUCCAGCUUCUGGGUGCUCAAGCAGUACACCAAUCGAUCAGCCGCGCGAUGGGUAGAAAUCAUGCCCAUCUCGGCCUCACCAUCGGCUCGAGCAUACCACGCCAUGUGGAUGGCCGGGUUUCAGAUCUAUGUACACGGCGGGCAAGGCCCCGAAGGCGUGGGAGCAUCCUCGGUCCUGUCGGAUACAUGGAUGUUCGACAUCCUGACUCUCGUGUGGAGUCAGUACGGGUCGUCAGACGCGUCGCCGCUCGCGAGCUACAUAUCGAGCGGCGUAAUCUCUUCGACGGAGGUGAUGAUCUUCGGCGGUCUUGACAAGGACUCCUUGGCGGCUGGUCACCUGGCCUUGUUCAAGACAUCCAGCGGCUGGCAGUCAGCGCUGCAGACCGGAAACAGCCCCUCGGCUCGGUGUGGGCACGUCGCGUUCUAUGACUCGACGUCAUCGACCAUGUACGUUGCUCAAGGGAUGUCUGAGCAGGAGAUCUUCCAAGACCUCUGGGCCCUCGAUCUUUCUGCUCAGACUUGGCGAUGCAUCUACGGUACGGAUGCCUCGUGCGCGGCCAAGCCGCUUCAGGUGUACGCCCCCGAGCCGCUCGUGUUUGCGGCGUACACGAGCGAGGGAUCAUACCAGUUUGUCUUCGGCGGUCUUCGACUAGCAGGGUCUCAAUGCUCGAACGCAGCCGGGUCUAUCCCGGGGUUCCAGAGCACCAGCACGAUGUGGAGUCUGAGCAUGUUCACCCUGGAAUGGAAGCAGGUUCAAACAGCAAGCUCGUGGCCGACGGAUCGCGCGUUCGCUACCCUGACAGUCAUGGAGUCGUUCGGACAGUACUUGAAGCCCAUCGUCUUGUUCGGAGGAGCGUCCAUCGACUGUCCGGGCAAGCAAGGGAGCUGCAACCUCCCUCAGCCCAGGAAUGACUUGUGGGUCAUGGACUCGGCAGAAGCGGAGUCGAGCGCCAAAGACAAGAUGGCAAGCUUCGAUGGGAUCACCAGCAUCAUAGCCAUGACCCUGCCUUCCUGGUGCCAGUCAUCGACGGGCUUGGGGACGCUGUGGAUCGACAUGUGGGUACAACUUCAAAGCCAAGAUCCAGCUGGCGUUGUGCUGCUUGAUGCCUACAACGGGGUACUGUCGUUGCUGCGCUGGACUGUUUAUGCCUCGGGCAACAGUCUCUUCGUGAGGCUGACGCUCUUGCCGGAUAGUCAGGACGUGGUGGUGAAGACUUGGGGCCCGAUACCAAGCAGCGUGCUGGGCGUGUGGCACCAUGUGUGCUUCACGCUGAGGUUUGGUAGGCUCUACUCACAGACCAACCCCUAUCCCGACGCUGUGCUGACGCAAGCAUUCAUGUUUCUUGACGGCAGCAGCGUGUCAGAGCAGGGAAGGAACUUCUUGUCUCUUGACAUCAGCAACUCCCUCCGCUUGUCACAGGGCAUCUCCGACAUCUACAUCGGAGGGGGAAACCCGGCGGCCUCGGAGACGCUCAAGCUGUUCAAAGGCUACAUUGAUAACUUCCGUCUUUGGUGGCCCGCAUGCCCGGAUCUUUCUGAUCCCUCGCGCUGUAACCCCUACGCCUUUCUGUACCCCAUGGACAAGACUGGCAAGCGGACGCCGGCUGCACGAGAUCCUGUGAGCGGGCUUCCCAUGCAGGACUACGACGUGCAGAUGCAUCACGUUGCCAAGCCUGUCAAGGAGAGCAUGUACAACACGUCGGUCGGGUCCUCGUACAGCAGCCUGCUUCUGAUCGAGCUGACGUUUGAUCAACCCAUUCGCAAUGGUCUGGUCGUGAACACAGCUACCGGCGGAGGCUCGGAGUGUCAAAGUCAAAACUUGACGGACUACUGCUCGGGCUGCCCCCGUGCAGACUCGUGUACCUUCGGGAACUGCGAGUACUUUGACACGGACUGUGCAGCCUCUCAAAUGAGCGAUACGAGCUUUCAGACUGCGAUCUCGCAGACCGGUAUCUGCCAGUGCCAGGACAUACCGAACUGCCCCAAGGACGUGCCAGCCUGUCUGUGCCCGACCAAUCUGUAUCGGGUGUGCUCGGUUUGUAACCCCAACAUCGGAUACACCGACGAAGGAGUCAUCUGCUCGCAGAAUGGCGGCCCUCCUUUUCUUCCCAAGUGCGGCCCUGGAAAGACCAACUCGUUCGCUCCGGACUGGUGCCCCUCGAGCUACUGCAUCAGCUGGACGUGCUCUUGCUUUGACCCCAAGACCAUGUCGGGCGUGUACGGAGGGAUGCCUUCAGUCUCGUCGGGCGUAGGGACUUGCCCAUCUGCCUGUCCCGUGUCCCAUUGCGGAAACAAUACCAAGGACCCAUGUUGCAGCACCCAGGGAAUCUGCUACUUCAAGAACUCAACGCACUGUGACGUACCGGGCUCCAGCACGUAUCCCCUUCAGCAAGUAUGCCCCUGCACUCAGACUACACCAAAGGGACCAGAUACUCAAGCCCCGGGCUCGAGCUCUACACCCAGCAUGUACUGCGACGUCACAUACACCCAAGACGACCGAGUGAUCAUCGACUGCAACAUCUCGGCCAGCAUGCAACCAGGUCAGUACCGGGGAGACCUGAACCAGCUCAGAAGCAAAAGCGACAAGCAGACACUGGCUCAUGUCCUCUACAAGAAGGACUUGAGAAGCAUCGAUGAGCUUGAGUCGUUUGUACGAGAGGUGAUGGAUGGGCGCAAGCGAGAGGGGGUCAAAAGCUCAGGCUCGAGGACGCUCAAGGCACUUGGUCUGGACCCUUCAGCUGAAGUACGUUACGAACUUCUUGCAGAGCAGCCAAACCCGCAUAAUGGCUCUCAAACGAACUCUUCAAAUUCGUCUUCUUCUGGAAGCAAUCCAGGCUCGUCUGCAAAUAGCAACUCGAACAGUCAGAGCAAUCAGGCUCAAGGUCCUCCAUCCUGCAGCCCAUACUAUCCCUUCUCAUUCACUGGCGACGAGACCACCAGACUCCAUGGUGCAGACAACCAGAUCACCCUGUCGUUUGUCUUCUCCUCCAGCCAGGGCAACCAAGGCUCGAACGGUUUCAAAGUUAAUCAGCCUGGAGGAACCGACGUGACCAUCACCGGGCUCGUGGGCUCUCAGACUGCUGGCAACGAUACGCUGUUGAACGUGAGCUGCAAGGCUCCUACCUCGACCUACUGCAGCUGGAGCGGAGUCAACAACCCGCAGGCUUCCUGUAAGUCCAAUUGCGACGGAAUAAGUGCGACAGGCGGCAGCUCGACUGCAGGUCAGGUGUUGUGGACUCAGAGCACGGGCACGAUCUCCUUCUACAUCAUCACGGACAUGCAGCAAGAUGGCAACCAAGAGCUGUACUUGAAUAUCUCUCUCACGCUCAAGAACCGUGCUACCGCUCAACCUCCUCGCUUCCCGUCUGCUGCCAUGUGCAGGUACAACCCAGCGAGUCAGAAAGUCGUCUACUCCAACUCCAACGGUCUGCUCGCCUCCAACGAGUGGAUCCUCUCGCAAGACACGAUACAACUGCAGUACGAGACGACAACCACAGACACACUCUACAUCACAAACCUCUCAACCACAAACAACAUCAACCCCCGAGUGUCUCUCACUUGGCCAGCGAAUGGGUUUGAUCGGCGCAUGUACAACUCGUUGCCAAGCUCGUCGCAGUUCUCUGGGCUCGAGCAAACGAGCUUGGAGUUCUCCUGGCAUGGCUCGAGCAUGCAAGGGUGGGUGACCUUUCAGCUAGAUCAGAGCGCCAUGAGACGACAGGGAGGAUGCGUCUCAUCCGACACGCUGCAGAUCUGUCUCCCUGGAUACUCAGCCAUCUCGCUGUACAACGACUCGCUUCAAGGCUGGGCUACUGUCGACCCUCCCUCCUCCUUCCUUGACUCGAGUGCACUAGUCAAGCUCAACUCCUCCUACUCCUACUGGGCUCCGACGACAGUUGUUCCGUGCUGCGACAUGGGAGGGGCAGGAAAGUCAUGCGGGGAGAAGGUUUGCUACACGAGCCAACAAGCUCAUAGCUCGUCGACCAUCGUGAUGGGAGGCGGCACCGCUACCAAGAUGCCUUCCAUCCUACCCACCACCCGACCCGCCAUGAGCUCCUUGACGGACUUCGAGCGCUACUUGACCCACACGCAAGCAAACAGCUCCAAGUUCGCGUCUAGAGCUCCAUUCCUUCAGAUCUGUCCAGGAGGCUCCGCGACUUGCUCGCCGACGGUGUUCGAUCUGAGCUGGAUCCCAGCUCGCUUCGGGCAUGCCACCGCUGCCGUCUCCAAGAGCAAACUCUUGAUAUACGGAGGCAUCGGGUGCGCGACCUACUCGACAUCAGGCGCCAGUCAAGUGUGCGUCGCUUUGACGAGCCCCCUCAACGACCUCUGGAUGCUCGACCUGCAGAAGGCGCUCAAAGGCUUCAGCCCCUUCACCCUCCUCGAGAUCAACCCGUCCGGACAGGGCAGAGUCGGCUUGUCAAUGUACGCCAGCUUGGCGUCCGGCUAUCAAGCCUACACCAUCGGGGGCUUGUCUUCGCAGUUCCUGCCGCUUGCCCUGAUCGGCAACUACUCCUUGACGACGUCCAUCUCUGAUCCGAUGACCAUUGACGCCUUGGAGUACCUGGUGGGGAAACGCGUGGCGUAUACCAUGAGCGGUGCAGUGCACAGCUUCUUCUCGCAAGUGUCCAACUCCACGCAUGCGAUUCUGUUCGGAGGCUUCGUGCAAAACUCUCUCAGCAACAGUAUCUACACUGUAGAUGUCUCUUCCUCGAGCCUGUCGCAGGCUCUCUCCAACCUUCCUGUCCUUGCCGAAGGCCCUCCCUCGCGAAGCUACGCGGGUCUGGCAAGCCUCAACGAGUACACCCUGGUCAUGAUGGGCGGCACUCAGAAUCAGAAGGGACUCAACGACCUCUGGAAGUUUGACCUCUUCAGCCGGUCGUGGACCAACGUGGACCAGAGCUUGAAGAGCGAGGUCAAGACCUACUUCGCUUUCACCACCUUCCAGGCCAAUCAGACUGCUACUGUCCUCGUGUCCCAUGGCGGCAUCUUGAACAACUUCAAACCAGGCCUGACGUUCGCAGCUCGAGGGGCCGUCGCUGACUCCAGCAACCAGGUCACCUCGACGUCAGCUAUCUUGGUCUUCAACAACAAUCAGCUCUCUCAGUUCAAGCUCAUCUUUCAAACUAGCGGCGCUUACAGCGUCAUCCCUGCGCGCUGCCUGCACACCAUCAUCAACGAUGCGUUCAUAUCCGGAAGUCAGGCCGGGCUGAUCUAUGGAGGGGUGGACGUGAACGGACAAGCGCUGGGAGACUUCUGGUACCUCGACACUGCGAAGAUUGACAACGGAUACACGAUCUCGCUGAUCCUCAAUGGUGUCACCUCGUCCUUCGACUCCAGCACCUUCUACGGCUUCGUCUCCAGCAACUUCUUCCCUUCUCCGCAGUACCCACCAGUAGCAACCACGUCCAUGAGCUACAUCUACAACUUGAACGCACAGGUCCUCUCUAACAGCAGGUUGAACAUCACCUUCGUCACCGGAAGCGAUCUCUUCCGCCAGAUCAUGACACGUCUGAGUGACUCAUCCUCCUGGCAAAACAGUCUGCAGACUUACAUGACGCGGUCGUACGCCACAAACAACUCUUUCCUGCAGACCUCCACCUGGUCCAAGACAAGCUAUCUGGGGCAGUACUACAUGAUUGGAGGAGCAGCACAGUUUUCCCAGCUGAGCUCCUGCAAGUCAGGCGCGUGCAUGAGAGGCAUCUGUCAGAACUUCACCUCCCCGCCCUCGUCAGUCACCUACUGCUAUGGCUCCUCCAACCCCACUGGCUGUACUGCGGGCACCUCCAGCUGCUCACUGCCAGGGCCGCUGCAUGGACACUCGACCGUGUCUGUGAACCUGCAGGGAAAGUUCCUCCUCCUGAUGAUGUUCGGCGGAGAGUCCACCGACCUCGCCAACAGAACCGCGACAUGGGACCUCAGCUCCGACGUCCACACGACUUUCUUCUCUUCCAAGCAGGCGACCUUUGCCAAGCUCUACACCUCAUGCCACACUGGAGGCGCCUGCCCCCAGGCGAGGAGGGAUGCUGCCGUUACCACCAUGUCCAACUCAGCGAGCAGCAACGGGGUUCUGCUGGUGUAUGGAGGGUUCGGAUGCGGCAACGCCAAAGGAUGCGUCGGCUCAGGCAUGUACGACCUGAUGAACGGAAACUUCCCCACCUACGCGACGGCGUUCAACGACUUAUGGUAUCUCAACCUUACCAACCUCGACUCUACCUGCGUCCAACAAGGCAAGUGCACGACGAGCCUGACAUGGGUGGAUGUUCCGGGCAGCAAGCCUUCAGGCAGCAUCGCGUCUAGCAUCAAGCUCGACAGCAUCAACCUCUACAUCUACAUCUUCGGAGGGACACAAGUGGUCGAUGACGUGCCCAAGGACAGCAGCGACCUCUUCGUGUUCCAGACCAAGACGCCUUUCUACAAGAGCUGCCGCGCCAGUGGCGAUGGCCUCACGGCUGCGGUUGCAGGAUCGAAAUCCUUCUUCUCGCUGUCGUGUCGGGACGUCUUCGGUAGAAGCGCAGAUGGAGCUAGAUUCAGGAUCGACGUCACAGGGACCAACCUCCCCAGCAUGUCCCCGUCCACCAUCUCCCUUGGCUCGGGAAGCUAUCAGUCCGCAUACUCGCCCGUCAAGGCCGGAACCUACACCAUCUCCAUCUACGUCGGCAAUGGGGGGCAGGAGUACCAGGACCUCAUUGCUGGCGAUGCGAGCGCAAGCCAGACGAAUCCAAACCCAUACACCCUCGUGGUGUCCCCGGCAGUCACCUCCCCGUCCUCUUCUGUGGCGCGGGGAACCUUCCUCACCAUCUCGACGGCAGGAACGUCGUCAAGCUUCAUCAUCACUGCUCGAGACGAGUUUCUCAACCGAAGGCCCGGUGGAGACUCCGUCUCCGUGCUGCUGACGCUGUGGAAUGUAGUCUCUCAAGCUCCUCUCAACCCCUCGGCCUCCCCCAACACAGGAAACGUCGUCGACAACGCUGACGGCAGCUACGGCACGACCUACCGCUUGACGCAAUCAGGAAGCUACAUGGUCUCCAUCUCCUUCGCCGGGGUGAGCGGAGCUGGAUCUCCUUUCAUGCUCGAGAUCGCCAGCGCUCCAGCUGAGAUCGCGCUGACCUACGUGUACGGAGAUCUCCUCAACGUCGUUGCCGGUGCGACUUCAACCUUGUACGUGCAAACCAGAGACAAGUACGGCAACUUCCUACGAGUAGACCCCACAGCCUAUCCCAGCGGCUCGGAAGACAUCGUCUUCGAGCUGUGCCAGACUGUCGGCAACGACGCAACCUUGCCGUGCUUGGGAGGGAAUCAGGACACAAACGUUGGUAUCACCAUCAGCUACGCCGUCGGACCAUCUGGUUCCUCCACUAACCCGGCUACCGGUCUCCCGUACUACGGCUUAUAUCAGAUCGUCUACUUCCCCUUCAACGAGGGCUCCUUCGUUCCUGAGGUCAAGCACAACUCUACCUACGUCCAGUGCUUCUUCGACACCUCGGGGCUCGGAUCGCUGCAAAUGGAUCCUGGACAAGCUCGAGCGAACGCGUGCUACGAGCAGGCUGCCGGAGCCUCCGCCAGACGAUCCUUGAGCCCGCAGACUCUGUCCGUGCAGAACUCCAGGAGGCUGGUCGGGUCUGGGAACACGAAAGUUAACAUCAAAGCAAGCUUCACACCUCCAGACAACACGACGCUCCAGUACUGGCUUACCUUCGCUCCCAUCCUGUGCGCCGUCGCUGCCGUAGGGAUACAGCUUCUCUGCAUGAUCGGGCGAUUUGCCCUUAACAGAAGACACGGAGCUCGCGAGCUCGUGCAGCCUGCGGAUGUCUUGCAGGCAGAGCAGGAUCUGACGCCUGUCAAGCACAAGGGAGCGGAGGAUGCGGAUACUUUCCAAGACUUCAAGGACGUCCUUGGCGAAGAUGAGGUAGCAAAGUGCAGGAAACUUGUGGAGGAAGGAGACGUGCGGCUUCUCGGGGCGAUGGACGCGUACAGCAAGACUAAGAAGAUGACAGCACGGCUGAUGAAGUCCUUGGCAGACCAUGACCACUAA